AUGACCGCAGCCCAUCAGCUGCUAGAGUGGCCACUGAUCAAGCAGCUACUUCUUCCAAAGGAGUAUGACAAGGAUUAUGUGAUGAUGCUUGAGGAAGAUCGAGGAUUGAUCUUUGCUUGUGUUCCAGGAGAAGGAGACAAUACUGAUAAUGAUAUGAACGCCUUACCCCCGAUAGUGACCCCUGCCGAAAACGGUCUCCAUGAAAGUGGUUACCUAACUGCAGAUUCCCAAACUCUUCACCGGUAUCAUCGCAGCUAUAUAGAGCAUAUCCAUCAGCUCCAUCCGUUUCUCCAUCAGACUGAUCUGGAGACAAAGGUCGGGCAAUUCAUUGAUGACCAUUGUCCACAGAGUGUUUCGGAUUUAUCAUCCAGAGCUAGCCAGAUCAACGGGAGCCAUAUCGAGAGAUCUAUUGUGAAUGCCAUUGUUCUGCUGGUUUUCGCCAUUGGGAGUAUCUGCGAAGCCCCACUUGUUUCUGGAUCUACAAUGGACAACCAGGACGGCCAGGCAUCUGCAUCAGAGCGAUUACACUAUUUAGAUGCCUACCACUUAACGAAUCCGAAUCCUAUCCCCGGCCUUGCAUAUUACGGUUAUGCUACUCAGAUUCUUGGGAGCCUUCAAGGUGCCAAUGGACUAUUACAUGUUCAAGCAGCCUUAUUAGCCGGAAUAUACGCAGGUCAAUUAGUACAUCCGCUUCAAAGUUAUGGAUGGAUCCAUCAGGCAGCCCGCUCCUGCCAAGUUCUUGUCCGAAAGUAA